AUGUGUGAGAGGGCAGUGUUUGUAUUGGACGUGUCGGGCAGUAUGGCCGGUGCGAAGUGCGAGACACUGCACUUGGAGACCGUGCGAUUUAUAAACAAUAUUGGUGAUAAUAAUCAUGUUGGUAUUGUGCUAUUCAAUAGCAAAGCGUGGUCAGUGCAUCCAGUGAUCAAGAUUACUAGUCAAACCGUACGUAAUAACCUGGUGGCAGCCGUACCGACCACUGGCGGUGGUCUCACAGAUAUCAGGGCCGGUAUUAUGGAGGCGUUGGCGGCGUUUAGUCGCGCAAAAGUAAAAGUCUAUUGUUUGGCAAUCGGUGUGAGCGCUGACCCGAACCUGGAGAAGCUGUCGGCCGAUACGGGAGGUCUGGUCUAUGAUGUGAGCCGUACUGACCCCGAGAGCCGCGAAAUGAUGGCCCGCGUAAUGGAGGCCGCGAUGAAAGAGGUUAUAACCAGUAAAGAGAUGGCAGAAGUGGUCACUCAUACUGUUGUCAAUGAAGUUGUGGUCAUAAAUGGCAACACAUAUGAGACUCGAGUUCCCAUUGAGGCCGACAUCGGACGCAACACUCAAAUACAGAUCCGCUCCGAAGCCAUCAAAGACAUCGACGUAGACAUCACCGGUCCGUCGGGUGUCGUGUAUAGUACUACAGGUGGCGGACAAAUAGCUAAACGUUUGGACCUAAAAGAGUGCAGACUAUACCUGGAGUCGACUGAAUCGGGUCUUUGGACUAUAAAACUAACAAAACAAAUAUCAAGUGCUGUUAGGGCACAUCUGGUGUUUGAGAGCAACCCUACCAGAGCUCAAGCCAUUGAAUUGCAAGUAUUUUUACGGCCAUCAAAGGACCACAGUCCGCCCAUAAUAGCCUGUAGGCUAUGCAAAGGUGAUGAGCCAAUAGUGGGCGCUAUAGUGACGGCAACAGUGGACAGACCGGGCGGCACACAGACUGACCAUCAGUUAAACUUAUUUCACAACGAGGGCUAUUAUUACGCAUACUAUACAGACUAUAGCGGCGCCGGCAGGUAUAAUGUUAGCGUACAAGCCGUUAAUGAUGGCAAUAAUACUACACAUCGAGGCACACCUACCGGUGCAUUCCGGCGCCAACUGGUGGCUAACAGUUUUCAAGUAAAGGCUGACUCUAUGCCAACACAACCGCCGCCCGGCGACCACUUCAAUCAAUUAAGGCUUAACAACGAGAUUGGCUAUCGUACUAAUCCACAGACAGGUACAGCAACGCCCGGUCCGGCAGCGGGAGGCCCUACACCAGCGCCUGCGCCCCGAAGAGUACCCCUAUUGAGCGAUCAAAUGAAAGCCCUUAAAAACAAAUUGUCAGCAAAUUAUAUACGGACUAAGCGGGCGGUCGAUGGCCUACAGGUGUCCCAAAAGGCAGAUCUGGUCAAUAAGUUGUCCGCUUUUGAGCGCUUCUUCUCUUCAGUCCGCGAGACGACCGAAGGAGAGAUCGAUGGAUAUCAGCGACAGUUGGAUGAUGUAAAUGAGCAAGUUAGGUUGAGACGACAAACUUAAUGCUUUAUUAAUGCACUUGUUUGUUAUAAAUGUUUUUAUUGAAAUUUUUUACUUGAUUCUUGAUAAUGGCUCAAAAUGUUUAACAGAUAUUUAUAAUCUAACAUAUAAU